AGCAAAUCAAUCAACGCACUAAUUCCAGUGCCUAAACUAUAAUCAACGGACGACAAGCUUCCUGGAAUUUUCCGCAGUUUCUCUAGUCACGAGUGUAACUUUCAUUUUAGAAAUCAAAAGAUGGAAAUCAGUGUGGGUCGUCUGGUGCUGCUGAUGGUCGUUUCCUGCCUGGGCUUGGCCGUUUCGUUAACGGACUAUUGCGAUCCACUGCUGUGUAAAGCGGACCACCUGCACAUAGCCUGCAACGCCACGGAUGACUUUGGCGCGGCCUGCCCUGCCAACACGGAGGUGAUCCCAAUGGACGAUAAGCUGCGGGAUAUGAUUCUCGAUUUGCACAACAGUCUGAGAAGCGAGCUGGCAAACGGCAAAAUGGAAGGAUUCGCUUCGGCCGAAAGGAUGGCCGUCCUGGAAUGGAACGACGAGCUGGCAAAACUGGCCGAGUACAACACGCGCACCUGUCUGUAUUCCCAUGACGAGUGCCGAGCAACGGAGCAGUACCCGCACGCGGGCCAGAAUAUCGCCCGGAAAUCCAAACCGAACAACAUCACGGUGGAGGUGACGCGUGCCAUUCAAGAUCUGACCAACAAAUGGUGGCAGGAGUACGUCGAUACCAAUCAGACCGUGGUGGACUCGUACCGGAAAGUGGGCGAAGGCGUCCACAUCGGACACUUCUCGCUGAUGGCCAACGACCGGAUCACGCGGGUCGGCUGCGCCGCGACCAAGUACUGGAACCCGGAAAACAAGCGCAACUACGUGUACUACGUGUGCAACUACUCGUUCACCAACGUGCUCGGGAAGCCGAUCUACAAGAAGGGCAAACCGUGCUCCACGUGCGAGGGCAAGUGCAGCACCAAAUAUCCGGGGCUUUGCGAGGGCAUUGCCGACACCAUCGAUAAGGAGAUUUGACGGAAAAAAUGUGUGACGUUUUUCCAACCGAUUAUGAUUACUGAUACAGACUAUGUGUGAUACCUCA